AUGGAUUUUUCAGAUUGGGUAGUUUACUUUUUUAUGGCAGCCAUUAGUUUUUUAAUUGGUUUUGUAUAUGAUUGUUCAACCCAUUAUAUAAAAUUAAAACAACAACAACAAGCCAGAAAAGAUUUAGAAAAAGAACAAUUAUUAAAAAUAUCAAAUUUAAAACAUCAAAUUAAUAAAUUUGAAAUUGAAAAUAAAAUCCAUCACAAUAACCUAUCAAUUGAAUCAAAAAAACAAGAACUAAUCGAUCAAAUAAAUAAAAAUGAGCUAGAAAAAUUAAUUAAAGUUAAAGAUGACCAAUCCUUAGAAAUUAACCAAUUAUUUAGUUUAAUUAAUCAACAAAAACAAUCAUCCCAACUCCAUGAAAUUAAACAAGGUAGAUUGGUUAAAGAAAUAGACUCUAUCAAAAAUGAAUUAGAUAAUCAAAUUAGUAAUUCAAAUCAAUUACAAGAGCAAAUAUUGAAAAAAGAUGAAAUGAUCCAAUUGCUUGAAAGAAAGAUUGAAGCAGAACGUCAAGCUUUAUACCAGCUCUCAAUUGAACACAUUGAAGCAUUGGAGAAAUUAAAUUUAAAAGAAGGUCAAUCAGAAACUUUAAAUAAGGAAGAAAAUGAUGAAAUUUCAGAUAUUGAAGAGUAUAGCGAAUUUUCAGAUUUUAAAGAGAAUGAAGACCAUUGA